AUGAUUGUGCUAUUCCUCUUUGCCUUGCUCUGGAUAGUGGAGGGGGCCCUUUGCCAGCUCCAUUACACGGUGCAGGAAGAACAGGAGCAUGGCACGUUCGUGGGGAAUAUCGCCGAGGACCUGGGCUUGGACAUUACAAAACUUUCAGCUCGCCGCUUCCAGACGGCGCCUAACUCCCGCAGCCCUUACCUGGAGCUCAACCUGGAGACCGGGGUGCUCUACGUGAAUGAGAAGAUCGACCGGGAGCAGAUCUGCAAGCAGAGCCCCUCCUGCCUGUUGUACCUGGAGGUCUUCCUGGAGAACCCCCUCGAGCUAUUCCGGGUGGAGAUCGAGGUGCUGGACAUCAACGACAACCCCCCCUCCUUCCCGGAGCCCGACCUCACGGUGGAGAUCUCGGAGAGUGCCACGCCGGGCACCCGCUUCCCCCUGGAGAGCGCCUUCGACCCCGACGUGGGCACCAACUCGCUGCGCACCUACGAGAUCACCCCCAACAGCUACUUCUCCCUCGACGUGCAGACUCAGGGGGACGGCAAUCGGUUCGCCGAGCUGGUGCUGGACAAACCCCUGGACCGGGAGCAGCAAGCGGUGCACGUGCCCGCGUUGGACGGCGGGCAGCCCCAACAGCGCACCGGCACCGCCCUGCUCACCAUCAGGGUGCUGGACUCCAACGACAACGUCCCCGCCUUCGAGCAGCCCGUUUACACCGUGUCGCUGCCGGAAAACUCGCCGCCGGGCACCUUAGUGCUGCAGCUUAACAUCGUCUUCUCCACCGUUAAGGAGGCGGUGAGCGAGGCGGCGGCGCCGGGCACCGUGGUGGCCCUCUUCAGCGUGUCGGAUCGCGACUCGGAGGAGAACGGGCAGGUGCAGUGCGAGCUGCUGCAGGGCGACGUGCCUUUCCGCCUCAAGAGCUCCUUCAAGAACUACUACACCAUCGUCACCGAGGGGCCGCUGGACCGCGAGCAGCCGGGAGGCGACGCUUACACCCUGACGGUGGUGGCCCGGGACCGCGGGGACCCUCCGCUGAGCACCAGCAAAUCCAUCCAGGUGCGGGUGAGCGACGUGAACGACAAC